CAACUAAAGUUUUGUUUUUGAGUGGAAGUUUCUGGCAAGAAUCGCUUGAAUUCAAAACAAUAGUCGGUAGUAAAUAUUUAUCAUAAGCAUACCUCCAAAUAAUCAAGUAUCUACCGGUUCAUUUAAUAUUUAAAAAAAAUAUGGCUGCAGAGUACAGAGAUUUACGUAAAAAAUUACAGUCGACACAUGAUGCCAACAGUAGCAAUAAACAAAAUGAACGUAGGAAUUACUAUUACGACCGAGAAGCAGAUUCGUACGUCGAUACUCUGAGAAAGUUGCAUGAAGGUAUACAACAGAGGCGACUCUUUUCAGACGAGGAAAGUAGCCAAAUUGAAAGUAAAAUUGAUGAAGUUGUUGCUACAGGCGAUAAGGGUCUGUAUAAAAAGUACACAGUUGAUAGAGCACCUCUACGAAAUAAAUACUUUUUCGGUGAAGGUUAUACGUAUGGCUCCCAGCUUCUGAGGAAAGGACCCGGUAUGGAAAAGUUAUAUCCCGUUGGAGAAGUUGAUGAAAUACCGCUGUGGGUGCAUCAGCUGGUGAUAAAGCCACUUGUUAAGGCUAAAGUUGUUUCUGAAGGUUUUAUAAACAGCGUUGCAAUAAAUGAUUACCAGCCUGGGGGAUGUAUUGUGUCUCAUAUUGAUCCAGCACAUAUCUUUGAUAGGCCCAUCAUUUCAGUGUCCUUCAUGAGCAACAGUGCUCUAAGCUUUGGUUGCAAAUUUAGCUUCAAACCUAUCAGGGUGACAGAUCCAGUUCUUUGCCUUCCAGUCUAUAGAGGCUGUGUCACCAUACUUAGUGGAUAUGCUGCAGAUAAUAUUACACAUUGUAUUCGACCACAAGACGUAAAAAAGAGACGAUCUGUCAUUAUUCUUAGAAGAGUUUUACCUGAUGCACCUCGCCUAAGCAGAGCAGAGCUCUCACUUAUUUCCCAACCAAAAGUUGUAAAUGUGCCCCCAGAUUUCUUUGAUGAGGUAUUCGAUCGCAAGAGGAAAUGGAAAAGUAAUCCUGAUUCGUUGAGGAAGAAAACUGUACAAAAACGAAAAUUGCAGAGCUCUAUUGCCUGGGCUAAACACGAUCAAACGGACGUUGAAGAGCCGAAGAACAAAGCCUUACGAAGAGAGGAGAAAUAAAGAAAACCAUACUUAUAUAUUUUGUUUUUAUAACAAAAGGAGAACAACUAGAGGCGCUAUAUUUUUACUAUAUGCUUCUGUUGUAAAUAUAUUUGUGCAUAUUGUAGAAUAUAUUGUAGGAAGCCAAGAUAUCCAAGUGAAAUGCACAAAGAGUUUUUGUGCAGAUGGUGUGUGUACAUAUUUACCUACCUUUUACUGUAUUAUGUGUGCAAGUUUCUUAUAAACAAUGGUCCAUGGACUAGAAACCAGACAAACUGUAAUUAUUAUGGCUUUCUGUGCCAAGUAACUCAAAUUCAUGUUGGCACAGGCAUCUGUUGUAGCUUCUGUUGUUAAAAAAAAAGUUACCUUUUUGAGGUUUUUAUCUUUUUUCAAAUGUUAAAAGAAUGAGGCUGUGAUCCUUGUAUUUUUGGCCAUAUUGUUUUUAGAAUGGCUUAGAAAAUAUUAUUUCCUGGUGUAUAUUUUACAGAGGUGGACUUGAUUUCAGGAAAUGGUGCAAUUUCGAAUAGAAAUCAAAUGAAUGAAAAGAGAUAUAAAAGUUUUAAUUUUAUUUCUUUGUACCAUUAAUAACAUUGUCGCGACUUUUAUUUUCUAGUCUUUGUUGCCGAGUUGUAUGCUCAUUUUGAUCAUGGUUUGUUAUGAUCAAAUAAAAGAAAAAGUUUUUUUUCUCCUUUGAA